CAUAAAGUGUAUUUAACUCACAAAAAGAACAUUCAAAAUGAAGUCCCUGUGGAGAUACACGUUAGUGAUUCUUGUAUCUGUCAAGUUUGUUUCUACCCAGUGUAUAGACGGAACAUGUGAUUGCCAUUGUACAUGCUGUGCCAUUUGUGGUUAUACUCGUGAUAAUUAUUGCGAGCUCUGUGAAGCGGGAUGGGGUGGAUCAAUAAACAAUCGUUGCCAAAGAAAGAACUUAGCAUACAAAGCAACAGCGACCUCAUCCUCAACUACUGGGAACAACUUUGCAAUGAAUGCUGUAGACGAGGACCCUGGGACAUACGCUCUAACAAAAACAGAAAAGUAUCCUUGGCUGACAAUAACCCUGUCCACUAUAUUUACAAUUAAAGGGAUAUACUUAAUUUCAAAUGAAGAUCGGUAUACCACGUUUUCUGUUUACAUCACAAAUUCAACUCUAACGGAAUUAACUGACGUCACACUGUGUAACAUUUUCUAUGCAACAAAUUAUAAGAACCCUCGAAAUGUAAUAUGCACUAAGACAUUAACUGGAGAUCAAUUUGUCAUCACAACAAAUUCUACAUUGGGGCGUCUUAUGGUGUACGAAAUACAGGUUUAUGAAUGUGCCCAAGGUACCUACGGAGAUCUAUGUGACCGUGAGUGUAGAAACUGUGUAGACAAUAGAUGUGAUGGGUAUACAGGUGUCUGUGAACGUGGUUGCAAGGUUGGUUGGCAGGGGGAAAGAUGUGACAUACCUUGUGAUUUAAAUUGUAAGGACGGUAAAUGCAACCAAGAUACGGGAAUUUGCACAGAAGGAUGCAAACCUGAUUGGUACGGAAACACAUGUGAUAAACAGUGCCCAUCGCAGUGCAAAACGUCUUGUGAUCCAUCUGUUGGAUGUACCAAUUGCCCAAUAGGCUAUAAUGGACCUUACUGUAAUCCAUGUGACGGGAAUACGUACGGCAAAAACUGUAGCUUGACUUGUCAAAAUUGUGAUGACUGCAAUAUUGUUAAUGGAUGUGGAGUAUGCUGGGACGGCUUCUACGGUGAUCUUUGCAAUCUUAAAUGCCCAAAGCAAUGUAGAAAUUAUAUAUGCUCUCGGCAAUCAGGAGAUUGUGUAGAUGGAUGUAAAGACGGAUAUGGAGGAACUAAAUGUGAGACAGCUUGCAAAGAUAACUGUGCAACUUGCAGUACCAACGAUCUUUGCAUCUCUUGUUUAAAUGGACGGUUCGGUACAAACUGCGAAUACCUUUGUUCAGGAACAUGCGGCGGAAGUAAAACAUGUGACAAGAACAGUGGAGUGUGUUCGGAGUGCAAUCCUGGAACGUUUGGUCCAAAUUGCACACAGCAAUGCAGUGGGAACUGUUUGCCUGGUACACUGAGUGUUUGUGACAGAAAUGGAAUCUGUAUCAGUGGAUGCGUGGACGGAUGGUUUGGUCCACAAUGCGAUACACAAUGUCCAAUUGAAAACUGCGAAAAAUGCAACUCCAGCGAUUUUUCCUGUGAAAUUUGUAAUAUUGGUUACUAUUUAGACAAUGUACAGGAAAUUCGAAAGUGUGUAAAGUGUCCGUCUAGGUAUUUUAGUUGUAAUAGCGAUUUAAGAUGCACCGAGUGCAUACCAAAAUUUACUGGAUACCAGUGUGAAAAUGAAUGCACCAUAAACUGCGUCGAUGAUCUUUUCAAAUGUAAGUAUUAAGUAGAUACACCCUUUAUAAUCUUUUUUUUUAAAUUUGUUUUAUCUUUACAUUUUAGUCCCAUCAAACUCAUUUAUACUUAAUGCAAAACGAUCGGUUACACGUUGUUACAUGUAACUUAGAUAUAAAAAGUGGAAUGAACAGUUCUUAACAUACACAUAAAUAUGUUAAACGUAAGCAUUGACAUAAUUGAUAUGUUAAAUUAACCGAUAACAUCUAUCUCUCUCUUGAGAAACAAUGUAAACAUGAAACAAAAACAUUUUAACUCACUAUGCUAGCUUUAUCUAUAAAUUAUCAUGCUGAAAUGUCACAAGAAUUUACUGAAUCGGAUUCCGUCACGCGUACGGCUAUUUGUACGGACCAAAAAUGCAUUUGACGGUGACAGAACCAUUUUAAGACUAACACUUGCGGAGUAUCAGAUGUAAGUAUUAUUGUACCACUGAAGUGCCCGGUUGGUUUUGUCCAAUAUGAGAUGUUGAAUGAUUUUUUUUAUUGAAUUAACAUUGAUUGAAUUAAGAAAUGUUUUCGAGUAAAUCAUACUUACGGUGGAGAACCAUUUUUUAUUGAUAUUUUUUCUUGAAAGUUUGUGUAAGUUGCAAGAUUGAUUUAUGGCUGUUUUUGCAUUGAAUGGAUCACAAGUAAGUUGAACCGGCUAAAAUGUAAAGUAUUAUUUAAACAACCUUUAGAAUAUAAGGAUUCAGGCUCUCAUUUCUUGAAAUCAAAUAUGAAAUUGAUAUGAAAAGAUACCACCAAAAACUGUGUCAAUGAACUAUUAAAUUUAUGUAUCUAAUUUUGCAUGUUCCACCAUUUUUUAAACAAUGGAGUUAAGACAUUUAAACUGUACUGAUUUUAUUGUUAUUUCAAAAAGUAUUAAUAAUAUUGAUAUUAUUAUUAAACCGACGUAGACAGUCACACAGUGAAGCUCAGAAUAAUACUAUCAGAGCGUACAUGUUGACGAGGAAAAAAAUAAAUUCUUGGUUUACUACAUACAUGUACAUGUAUGUGAAUUAUUAUGAUAGAUCUGUUUCUAGUAAAUUCCCAGAUGAACAGAGAGCAAACGCUUCAGUAAAGCGUUCGGAGAGGGAGAACUUGUAACUGGUCAGCAGAUGCUGGGCGUACAUGUAGAGUAUGUACGAGUAGUAUUCAAUGAAAGCACCAAAGGCGAAUCCUAUGAGAGCUAUGUGGCAAAAGAAUGAUGGUUAUUAUUACAGGGAUGUAAAAAAGGUAGAAAACAGGUUUGUAGUUGAAGAAGGAUCAUUCACUAUUGCCACUUUUCUUUGUUGAAGCAUGUUUGUUUUGUAAUAGUACAUUUUUAUUGCACAUUUAUGUUAACCUGAAUUUUUAAAAAAAAAUCUUUAUAUUCAUGUUGAUUUUUAUUUUUUGAGCCCUACAUGUACCAACAUUCAUAAUUUUAAUUGUAAUGGUGCAUGUAUCUUUUAUUUCCCUACCCCUAUCUGAAUAAUGUAAAUAUGGUGAUGUGUAAAAAUGAAUAAUUUCUUCAAACAUCUUUUUAAAAAAAAUAGAUGGCUGUCUCGCCAGAAUACUUCACAACAAAGCACACAGACAGAUAGGCAUCACACUGAAAAGAUAACGCUUACAACAAAACACGCAAUCAAUGAAAAAAGACGUUUGGAGCUAUGACAGAGAUCCUUUCCAAAGAUGCUUUACACUUAGUUUUUGUAAAGGUAAAAUAUAUAGAUGCAAAAAAGGCAUGGAUGUUGCUGCUGAUAUGAAUGACAUCACCACUGUACAUUUAAGGACAUCACCAGAGAGACGUUUUUAUUGAAAAAAAACCACGGAUUUUAACGAACUUCAGACACUUUGCAUGAAGUUAGCUGCCAUUUCUUUUGGACAGUUUCUCUUUAUUCAUAUGAGCAUAAUCAGUAAAUUAAGUGAAGGUGGAAACAAUCAAACAGGAUUCACAUUAAAAGAUAGCAUUCUGAGGCGGCAUGGGCAGCCAGUGCUGAUGAGAGACUAAAUCAGAUUGUCAAUUUUUCUUGUAUCAUCCUCCAAACCAUACUUAAUUGGAGACAACUUUUAAAAACUAAUACACAAAUCUAAGAUCUAAUCUUAUUGAAUGUUUCAAGGUUAAAUCCCAGGAUUUAAGAACAUAUGUAAUUAUCAAGGAAGAGGAUGAAAAAAAUCAACUGUAUCUAAUUUUUAACGAGAAGUAUUAGUGUUUUCUGUUAACGAGUAGACUACGAUGCAAAAGAUGAUAUGUUUUUUGUUAUCAGUUUAAAGAUGCAAUAUAAGGAAGAGUUAGCAAUCCAGUAUGAAGAUACUAAUGUGUUUAGCUUGGCUUGUUGCAGUGAUUUGUCAUCAAUUGAACCUUUUAUGUACAAGAAAGUAAUUUCAUCUCUUUUGUGCAGAGACUUGUAACAUUUUUACCCAGUAAACAUAUAUUAGUAAUCUGAAAGUUAUUUACGUACGAGACACUAUUAUUGACAUAUUGCACUGUUUUAAGUGAGUCACCAUCAUGCCCAUAAGUGUACGUAUUUCUAGAUCAACAAAUGUGAUAAAAAAUUUAGAAUUUUUGAAUUCAUAUUAAAUGUUAUCAAAUGAACAUAGGGUUUAUGUAUGGACUCUAUAUAUAGAGAGAAUAUUUACAGUACGUCCCGUUUUGUAAUUUUAACAGUUCAUAGUUUUGUGUUAUACAUGUACAUUUAUCUUUAUUAUGUACAUGUGAUUUAAAUUUUGUGAAUAUCGUUUGUGAAUUCAUGAUACUGAAUUGAUGAAGAAUCAGUUUAGUGUGAAUAAUGUCUGUAUUACGUUUAGAUCUGCAAUGAGACUUCAGACGCUUUUUUUAGUAUAUGUAUGUAUGUGUACUGUUCAGUGAAAAAUCAAUUUGUUCUUAAUACAUGUGUUUAUCUCCUAAAAUGAGACUAACGGUGUUCAUAUAUAGAGCAAACGAAUAAGGUAUAUCAUGAAAAUUAUUCUAUGAUUUCUUUUCGAGCACUAAUUCAUCGAGUGGUGAUUAUCUAAAUAUGUUUUGUAGAGCGUAAAAAACAAAACUAUUAAAAGUGUUGUUUUUAUUCUUAGUUGCAACAGGAAUAUAGUCGAUAUUCUGACAUAAGCAACAGUGUUGCAGAUUAGGAAGAUCAUUAUAAGUUCGAUAUGUAUAAUUUUGUAACAAUUUUAAAAUAUCAGUUUUUUAAAAUACAUUUUCAUAUAUCUUACUGUUCGUCAAUUAAUUAAUAAAUAUGACAGUGUUUACUAUUUUCAAUAAUAUGUAGUAAUGAAAAAAUAGAUUUGAAACUUGUUUUGCUUCAAUAAAUCUGUAUGUGAGACAAGUAAUGACUGUUGAAAUCAUGUGAAAAAGGGGGUAUACAUACAUUAUCUAGAAACCGAUUAAUUAAUUGGCAAAUAAAGACAAGCAUUUUUGUAACUUUUAAUUGAAGAAGAUGUAUUUUUUAUUCAGGUUAAAGCAUAAUUGAACGAAAUAAUCCCGAACCAUCCUUAUUGCUUUAUUACGAACUAUUGUGAUUUUUUUUUUCAAAUAAAAAAAAAUACACUUG